AGCUUGUCACUUGGACGCGUACACCAUCAUCACCCACGAUUAGAUGGCAGAGGAGGUCGACUAUGAGUCGCUCCCACCAAAUGCUGGUCUCGCUGUCAAUAUGCUCGCAGGCGCCCUAGCCGGAAUAUCCGAACAUGCAGUCAUGUACCCCAUCGACAGCAUCAAAACGCGAAUGCAAGUUUUCGCGACCUCCCCCGUGGCAGUUUACACUGGAAUCGGCAACGCCUUUACGCGGAUAUCCUCAACAGAAGGCAUACGGGCACUAUGGCGGGGCGUAUGGUCCGUCGUGCUGGGUGCUGGACCGGCGCAUGCGGUGCAUUUCGGGACCCUCGAGGCGGUCAAGGAGCUCAUGGGCGGGAACCAAGUCGGGAAUCAGUGGCUGGCGACCUCCGUGGCAGGCGCCUCCGCCACGACCGCCGCCGACGCUCUCAUGAAUCCCUUUGACGUGAUCAAACAGCGUAUGCAGGUCCACAAGUCCGAGUUCCGUUCCGUCUUUACCUGUGCCCGGGUCGUCUACCGCAAUGAAGGCAUCGCUGCCUUUUACGUUUCCUACCCUACUACCCUCGCUAUAUCUAUCCCUUUCAACGCUAUCCAGUUCACCGUAUACGAACAAGUCAAGCGUAUCCUCAACCCCCGUCAUGAGUACUCCCCCACGACUCACAUAACAGCUGGCGCAAUCGCUGGUGCUGUCGCAGCUGCAGUCACCACCCCGCUCGAUGUCGCCAAGACCAUUUUGCAGACCCGAGGCACCUCUCACGACGCAGAGAUCCGUGGUGUCAAGGGCAUGGCGGAUGCACUCAGGGUUAUAUGGACUAGAGACGGGAUCAAGGGCUUCGGCAGGGGCCUUACACCAAGAGUAUUGACAACUGUGCCAAGUACAGCACUCUGCUGGCUAUCAUACGAGUUUUUCAAGGCCGCCAUACGGUCAGAUACAUCUGGCUGCAACUAAAAUAUAUCUAUGCUCUCAUUUACCCCCCCAUUGUAGCCACUUUUUGAACUUAUCGUACUUGACUUGAAUGUAAUAUUAUUCCCAGAGCGACCUGCUAUUCGGUUACCACGACCUUGGCUGCCGGCUAAACUCCCGACGAGAACAGUCCAACUGAAUGGACUUCCGGUAGAGCAUUGCCAUUUCUUUCCCGUUGACCUGCGCUUUUGUGUUCCCAGAGGUUUACUUCAGCCAGCCUGAGAACGGCGCAACCCCGCGGUACAUCCUGCCAUUAAGGUUGUAGCUCAGACCCACUUCCUUGGUAUUUAUGAAGCACAUCGCGUGAACUUCGGAGUUGUGGACCAGCAGAACGUUAGGACCUUGUUUCGUCAAACACGAAUG